AUGGGGAGAGGAGGGCAAGGAGGAGGCGGCCGCCUGUUCCCCUUUUAUCCUUCAACCUCUCUCCCGGCCGCCAUUGGGUUCUCCCUCCUGCUGCUCAAUCUCUCUCAACCUCGCGCAUCCGCAGCUCCUUCGCCACCUCCGUCGUCUGCCCUCGCCUUCGACUACGGCGACGCCCUCACCAAGAGCCUCCUCUACUUCGAGGCCCAGCGUUCCGGCCGCCUCCCCUACAACCAGCGCGUCUCCUGGCGACACCACUCCGCCCUCUCCGACGGCCUCGAGCAAGGCGUGAGCACCAACACAGAACACGCACCUCUUUCUCUCUCUCUCUCUCUCUCUCUCUCUCUGGCUUUCUCUCUCCAGAUACCUAGCUAACUAGCAAAGGGGGGAGGGGAGGAGUUGCAGGUGGACCUGGUGGGUGGCUACUACGACGCCGGCGACAACGUGAAGUUCGGACUACCGAUGGCCUUCACGGUGACGAUGGUGGCGUGGGGGGUGGUUGAGUACGGCGAGGAGAUUGCCGGUGCCGGCGAGCUGGAACACGCGCUGGAGGCGAUCAAGUGGGGCACCGACUACUUGGUCAAGGCCCACGCCGCCCCCGAGGUCCUUUGGGCUGAGGUGGGCGACGGCGAAACCGACCACUACUGCUGGCAGCGCCCCGAGGACAUGACCACCUCCCGGCGGGCCUUCAAGAUCGACGCCGGCCAUCCCGGCUCCGACCUCGCCGGCGAGACGGCCGCCGCCAUGGCCGCCGCCUCCGUCGUCUUCCGCCGCCGCAACCCGCACUACUCACACCUGCUCCUGCACCACGCCCAGCAACUCUUCGAGUUCGCCGAUAAGCACCGGGGGAACUACGACCGAAGCGUGGCGGCGGCGAGGAAGUACUACGCGUCGGUCAGCGGCUACAACGACGAGCUGCUCUGGGCGGCUCUGUGGCUGCACAGGGCCACCGCAGGCGCCGGCCUCGGAGACGACGGUAGCGGGGUCUACUUGGACUACGUGGUGAGGAACGGGCACGCGCUCGGGGGCACCGGAUGGGCCGUCACCGAGUUCAGUUGGGACAUCAAGUACGCCGGCGUUCAGGUCCUCGCCUCCAAGGCAAGUAACCCCGCCGCAACGGGCACUUCCGCCACCACCCCGCCUGCUCCUCCUCGGCCAACUGUCCCGCUCAUACAUACAUCUCUGAUCUGCAUAAUCCACUAGCUCUAGGCCAAUUCAUCAACCCCAUUGGGCAGGCCAUAAAUAUAUCUUUAUAAACGUCUAGAGAGAGAGAGAGAGAGGGUGAUCCACCGAAUCCAUGUGAGGGGAUACCUAAUCUAACGAUGCCCAUCUCGGUCUGCUCCACGUCUGCAGCUACUGAUGGAGAAAGGUCAACGGUGGCCGGAGGAGGCGGCGGCGGCAGAGGAGAUCCUGAUGCAGUUCCAGUCCAAGGCGGAGCACUACCUUUGCGCCUGCCUCGGCAAGAACAACGGCACCAACGUCCGCCGCACCCCCGGGGGCCUCCUCUACGUCCGCCCCUGGAACAACAUGCAAUACGUCUCCGGCGCCGCUUUCCUCCUCACUGUCUACGCCGACGCCCUCCGCCGCUCCGGCCAGGCGCUACCCUGCCCCGGCGGCGCCGCCAGGCCCUCGGACCUCCUCUCCACCGCCAAGUCCUCGGUGGACUACAUCCUCGGUGCCAAUCCCAUGGGCCUCAGCUACCUGGUCGGCUACGGACCCCGCUUCCCCCGGCAGGUGCACCAUCGUGGGGCCUCCAUGACGUCCUACAAGGAGACCAGGAGCUUUAUCGGCUGCACGCAGGGCUACGACGACUGGUACGGGCGCCAGGAGGACAAUCCCAACAUCCUCGUCGGCGCCCUCGUCGGCGGGCCCGGCGGCGACGACGUGUUCCAGGACGAGAGGCAGAACUACAUGCAGACGGAAGCCUGCACCUACAACACCGCUCCUCUCAUCGGCGUCUUCGCGAAGUUGCACCGGCUGAGAUUGGAGGAGAGCGCGGGCGGCCCGCCCCGUCGGUGUUCUCUUCUAAACCCUAGGUAA